CAUCUUUCAGCUCAACUCGCCUACAACUUCGGAUUUUGAGAUUUCUUAAUCUCAUGUCUCAUCUCUUGCUAUUAUAGACAUAGAAUUGUCAUUUCUCUCAUUCUUCCUUGGUUAGUUCGUUGCGCUACAUCUCCUAAACUCCGAGUUUCCUUAUCAUGAGUGCCAACCAUCUAGAAAUUCGUUCCGUCUCUCCUGACAUCGAACAGCAACGACAGUAUUCCUCUCCGGCACAUCCGGAUGAUCCGAUCGGUGGCCCAGAGCACCUCGAUUUCCACGAGGACGACGACCCUCCCACCCCGCGCUUUAUGCAGGACCAAGGCGCUUGGAAGAGAUGGAAGUGGGUUCCCUAUCCCGUGCGGAAGUAUGGGAAAGCUGCGUAUAGGUGGAUGAAGGGUCCGCAGAGUCCCAAAGAUUGGAAGAUCGAGCCACUCUUCCCUAUUAUCCAACAUGCGCCUCUUCGUCUCCUCGACAAGGUUCUUCCGAACAGAAAUCACCAAGUAUUACUAUAUAUGGGCUAUGUUGCAGUAUGGAUCAUCACUUUCGCUAUCGUUAUGUGGCGGGGCCAAGUCGCUUCCGAAGUUGCGACUUAUGGUACCCCCAUCGACAUAAGUUGCGGUGUCACAUAUUGGAGCCAGAAUAACGGAUGCGGCAUCAACGGUGUUGAUUGUAGGCCAUUCAACGGGAGCAGCUUUGCUUUUCGGUGUCCUUCGAAUUGCGCAAGUUACCGGGUCCUUAACCCUCGAGCCGUGGGAGAUCAAGAAGUUGUCUACGCUCCUUUGGUUGUUGGUGGACCUCCCAAUCUUGCCAAUGACGAGAACCCUAUUUACCGAGGUGACUCCUUUAUUUGCGGAUCUGCAGUUCACUCUGGUAUUAUCUCCAAUUCUCAAGGUGGUUGUGGUGUCGUUUCUCUAGUGGGCCAGAAGCAGAACUUCAUCAGCUCAGACAGAAAUGGCAUCAAGAGUAUCGGUUUCGACUCUUAUUUCCCUCUGUCCAUCACAUUCGACUCCAGCAUCGAAUGCGAGGCCAAAGACGUGAGAUGGUCACUCUUAGCGGUUUCUGUGGUUUUUUCUAGCGUCCUAUCCCUAUUCACCGCAUCUUCUUCAGCAUUCUUCUUCACCAUAUUUAUCGGUAUCUUUUGGCAAGUGGGUAUGGCUUCUGAUCCUCCAUCCCACUCGUCGAUCGCCGGAUUAUUCUCCGACAUUAUAGGCAAAUUUCUACCGGCUAUGUUCUGUGCUUGGGUAUUUUACGACAAGAUGGGGGUGCGACGAACCUUGCGUGGACUCUCGGCUCAAGUGGAAAAGACGGUGUUAUGGCUAGGUGGUUGCUGGGUUGGUGCACUUACCAACUACACCUUCGACUUCAUUCCGAUUCAGCGCUUGACAGGGCAUGAUCUGGAGCAGCAGCCUGGCGCCAAAGCUGCCCUCGCUAUCAUCGUCAUUGUGCUGUUUUGUGUUGUUGUUGGUCAAGUUUGGUGCUUCCGCCAAGAGGGCAGAUUAAUUCGCUACCUCAAGCUUUACGCUCUUUUCCUCCUGGGAAUCAUCAUCUGCCUCGUGCUACCCAGCCUCAGCCUGCGCAUUCACCACUACGUACUGGCAUUACUCCUCUUACCCGGUACCAGUAUGCAAACUCGGCCAUCACUUCUCUAUCAAGGAAUAUUGGUUGGACUUUUCAUCAACGGCAUAGCUCGCUGGGGCUUCGAUGCAAUCCUACAGACAGCCGUGGCUUUACAGGGUGACGCCCAAACAGGUUCGCCUCUCCCGGUGCUCCUCGCGCCUGUUAUCAACACCACUCUUUCCACCAUAACUUUCCGAUGGAAGUCUUCACCUGGGGUACGAUAUGAUGGUAUCAGUGUGUUGGUGAAUGAUGUCGAAAGAUACCGUGGAUAUUUUGGUGACGAGGGUUCAGAUCAUUUUACUUGGACUCGCGACAAUGAUACGAGUUAUAACGAGUACUUCCGAUUUGGUUACAUGUCGGGUACGACCAGCGAAGACUACACUAAGGCGGGUAUUUGGAAUAAAGAUUUAGAUUGGGUUGACCCUCAGCCGGGUCCUUCUAAAGCCAAGAGGCGGUCCUUAGAUGCGCAUGAUAUAGAAGAACGAGUGCCCCGCGCGGUGUGGGGGAGAUGAGUGACGAUAGAAUUAUGAAUAGUAUACUUCACGUUUAGAAUAUCCACAUAUGACACA